AUGAAUUCUGUCUGUUACAAUGGGGUUAAUGAUAGACUCAUACAAGAAGCUGAUCAGCUAAUUUCUUAUAUCGAACGUGGUUCUAAUGUCUUUAAAUUUUUUCCGCGAAAAAGACCCGAACGACGUACUCUUUUAGUGCGUCGCGAAACUCAUCAAGUAAUUUGGUGCAGAAGUGGAUCAACACAGAGGCAUUCUUACGAAGGUGCCUUAGACAUACGCGAUAUAAAAGAAGUAAGAAUUGGUAAAUCUUCAAAAGAUUUCGAGAGGUGGCCAGAGGAAACAAAGAGACUAGAGAAUUCUAAAUGUUUCACAAUUUACUAUGGAACGGAAUUCAAAUUGCGUUCGGCAUCUUUUUCAGCUCAGAUGGAUAAAGAGGUUGAAGCUUGGAUAAAGGGAAUAAGAUUCCUUAUUGAGGAAGCUGUGAAUGCAUCAUAUCCAUUGCAAAUUGAAAGGUGGCUAAGAAAAGAAUACUAUAUAAUUGAAAAUCCUCAUGAGAAAAUCACUCUAAAAGAAGUUAAAGCGUUUCUGCCAAAAAUUAACUGCAAAAUAUCAACAAGCAAACUAAGGGAUAUUUUUCAAGAAGUUGAUACAAGCAAAAAGGGAGAGAUUGGUUUUGAUGACUUUUCUAUUCUUUAUCACAAGUUGAUAUUUGAUGAAAAUAAUGUUCAUGAUAUAUUCAAUAAGUAUUCCAUAUAUUGUACCAAUGGUACCACAAUAUCCCUUCAUGAAUUUCAAAGAUUUCUUCUUGUGGAGCAAUAUGAUAGACUUGGUGAAGAUGUGGGAUUGACGUCACAAUUUAUCAGGGAAUAUCUUAGAGACCCCCAGAGGGACAUACAUGAACCAUAUUUUACACUUCAUGAAUUCAUCGAAUUGUUAUUUUCCAAACAAAAUACUGUUUGGGACAGUGCACAUAAUUUGGUCACGCAGGACAUGACGAGACCUCUUGCACACUAUUGGAUUUCGUCAUCUCAUAACACCUAUCUGACUGGAGAUCAGUUUUCAAGUGAAUCCUCUAUUGAAGCGUAUGUGCGUUGUCUGAGGUCUGGUUGUCGGUGUAUUGAAUUAGAUUGCUGGGACGGUCCAGACGGAACGCCCUUUAUAUAUCAUGGUCAUACUCUGACGACGAAAAUAAGAUUCAUGGAUGUACUUAGAACAAUAAAGGAGCACGCCUUUGUCACUUCAGACUAUCCAUUGAUUUUGUCAAUUGAAGAUAAUUGCUCAUUACCACAGCAACGGCGAAUGGCGAGCGCCUUCCAGGAUGUUUUUGGGGAUAUGCUUCUAGUACAUCCAUGUGAAAAGAAUGAGACCUGCCUACCGUCGCCGCAUGACUUGAAGAGGAAAAUUAUUUUAAAACAUAAAAAACUACCUGAAGGUGCUGAAGAAAAUUCAUUUGCAGUACGUCAAGAGGAAGGAAAAGAUCUUGAUCUGAGAAAUACUAUCAAAAAUGGAAUUCUUCUUCUCGAAGAUCCCGUUGACAAGGAAUGGAAUCCUCACGCUUUUGUUCUUACCGAGAACAAACUGUAUUAUACAGAGCAUUACAGUACUCCAGGGGAAGCGGAUAUAGACAGCGACGGUGAACAUGAGAGUGAAACGACCAGUAUACCACCAGACGAAUUACAUAUUAGUGAAUGCUGGUUCCACGGCAAAUUAGCUGGCAAUAGGCAAGAGGCCGAGGAUCUUUUGAGGGCGCAUUCCCAUCUAGGCGAUGGCACAUUUCUUGUUCGGGAAAGUGUUACAUUUGUUGGAGACUACUGCCUUUCAUUUUGGAGACAAGACAAAGUGAACCACUGCCGUAUAAAAUUGAAGCAAGAGAGGGGGAUAACAAAGUAUUAUUUGAUCGAAACUGUUUGUUUCGACAGUUUGUACAGCUUGAUAACUCAUUAUAGAACGCAUCCUUUGCGUAGUCAAGAGUUCUUGAUAACAUUAAAAGAGCCGGUUCCUCAGCCAAAAAAGCACGAAGGGAAGGAGUGGUACCAUCCAUAUUGCACACGGGCCCAAGCAGAGGAACUAUUACGCAAAGCCAAUACAGAUGGCGCUUUUCUUGUAAGGCCUAGUGAAAAAGAACACGGCUCCUAUGCAAUCACUUUCAGGACGGAAAGGGAGAUAAAACACUGCAGGAUCCGACAAGAGGGACGGUUGUAUACAAUUGGUACCGUCAAAUUUGAGAGUCUGGUAGAGUUGGUGUCGUACUAUGAGAAACAUCCUUUAUACAAGAAAGUUAAACUUUGCUUUCCGAUAAGCGAAAACAUUGUUCGUCGCUUGAUUGCUGAACCGGAUGAUAGCUCCGUAUAUGGAACACCAGGGUACAUGGAUCCUUCCUCGUUUCCUUCUAAGAUCACAGUAAAAGCCCUGUACGAUUAUAGAGCUAGACAGGACGAUGAAUUGUCGUUCUGUAAACACGCGAUAAUUACAAAUGUGGAUAAACCUGAUGAAGGUUGGUGGCGUGGAGACUACGGCGGCAAGAAACAUCACUGGUUUCCCGCUAAUUAUGUGCAAGAGAUUGAAGUUCCUCAUAUGCCCAAUAUUGCGUGCCUUGAAAAUGAAUCCGCAGCGCUUGGCUCAUUACAAAAAGGCGUCGUCGAUGUUUUGGGCGCCGUAGUUGAACUCGUUGUUGGCGAAGAAAGUGGAUCCGCGCGAUGGAUUGUUCGCAUCCAAAGCCCAUCUAUGUGCGCUCCAUUUGACAUGGCUGCACCGACCAGAGAGAAUGCCCUAGAGUGGCUCUCAGCUAUAAAGGAAGCAGCCCAUAGCGCGAGUGCCCGCUCGCUAAAGCAUAGAAAAAUGGAACGAACCUGGCGUAUUGCUAAAGAAAUGUCCGACCUCAUAGUCUAUUGCCGGUCAGUUACUUUUAACCAAGAAAGAAUACGCAAUAAAGGAUUCAUUUUUAACGAGAUGUCAUCGUUUCCGGAAACAAAGGCUGAACGGCUCAUGUGCUCCCAAGAGACUGCGUUCUUUAUGAAAUACCACGCCGUGCAGCUUAGCCGAAUCUACCCCAAGGGUCAAAGAAUCGACUCGUCGAAUUAUAACCCAUUAGCAUUCUGGAACGCCGGCUCGCAAAUGGUAGCACUGAAUUAUCAAACACCCGAUAAAGCGAUGCAAGUCAAUAUGGGAAAGUUUAAAGAGAACGGUGGUUGUGGUUAUAUUUUGAAACCGGAAUUCAUGUUUGACGAAAACUACAGCCCAUACGAUAAACGGUGUAUUGAGAGUAAAGUGAGGCCGAUGACGGUGAAGUUGCGUUUGAUAGGGGCGAGGCAUCUGUGCAAAACGGGCAGAGGAACAGCGAGCCCCUUUGUGGAAGUCGAAAUAUUGGGCGCAGAGUAUGACAGCGGCGUCAAAUUGGUCUCCAAGACUGUCGCUGAUAAUGGAAUAAAUCCAAUAUGGAAUGAUAUCUGUGAAUUCGUCGUUGGGAAUCCAGACAUGGCAUUAAUUAGGUUUGUCGUUCAAGAUGAAGAUGUAUUUGGCGAUCCCAAUUUCGUUGGCCAAGCUGUGUAUCCCCUGAAAUGUCUGCGUACAGGUUACCGAUCGGUAACUUUGACUAAUGGUUAUUCUGAGGAGCUAGAAUUAUCCUCACUUCUCAUUUAUAUAUGUAUGUCAUAA